AUGAAACCACCGCACAAGCUUCGCGGAAACCACCGUUCAAAACCAAAAAAAACGAAACCACCGCACAAGCUUCCCGGGGACUGGCAGAGCUUUUUCCCUUCUAAACAAACCCGACCGCAAAAAGAGGUUUCCGAAAACUGGCUCGGCCGGCCCUACCCGCACGACCAAUCUAACCACAAAUGCCCUAUGUCUAAUCCGACACAGCCCCACAUGCUUCUCCGGAAGCCAGACUACGACCGUCCACUCUCUCUAUGCUUCUCCUGCAAAGGACAACACGUGUGGGGGAAAAGGUACUAUUACUACUGUCCUAGUUGCAAUUUGCAGUUCCACAGAGGUUGCCACGUGUUACCAUCGGAAAUGAAACACGCUCUUCAUCCUCCUCACCCUCUCACCCUCAUCUCCUUAGAUCCAAAUCUCCAUACUUCUAAAAUACCCUAUCAAUGGAGUGAGACCCCCUCGGAUUCCGAAGAUGAUGUUGAUGAUAAUGAUGAUGAUCUAUCUCAUGAAGCUGAUCAUAAUCAUGAUGAUCCAUCAGAUGAGAAAUGCAAAUGCUGUCUAAGACGUUUAGAACAUGUGUACUAUCACUGUUCUAUAUGUAACUUCAGUUUCAACGUAAGCUGUGUGAUAAACCCACUACCUUGUAGUAUCACACACCUAAAGAGCCAUAAGCACACACUAACCCUCUUUCCUAGACGGGUCUCUUCGCCAUGUGAUGCUUGUGGGUUGUCUCUCAACCACACCCGUGACUUCUUUUACGUUUGUCUCCCUUGUAACUACAUGGUUCAUAAACCAUGUAUCUACUUACCUCGUGUCAUUAAGAUCACUCGUCACGUGCACCGUCUCUCUCUCACUCCCUCCCUCCCUCCCGGUCAUUUCUCUUGCGGAGUUUGCCGUCUUGCGGUCGACGUUAGUCACGGGCAGUAUUCUUGCAAUAAGGGAUGUGGUUAUGCUGUCCAUUCCAAAUGUGCAACGAGGGAUGACGUGUGGGAUGGGUUAGAUCUUGAAGAUAUUCCUGAAGAGCCAGAUGAAGAUAUCGAGCCGUUCGUAAGGAUUGAUGAAGAGACGAUACAACAUUUCACUCAUGAACAUCAUCUGAAACUCCAAGGAAAGGAAGGUAGCUUCCUUCAUGGUGGAAAAAGGUUUUGUGAGGCUUGCCGUCUUCAAAUAUCGAUCUCUGAUGUUUUAUAUAGUUGCGAGUUCUACUGUGACUUUCUUCUCCAUGAAGCAUGUGCAUGCCUUCCUCGCGUAAAACAUCACCCGCUACACAAACACCCUCUUAUCCUCAUGAUCCUAUCACCAGAUUCACCACCCUACUUCACCUACAAAGCCUUCAUUAGUACUUACAGGCCUCCAUGUCAUGUCAUGUUUAAGUGUGACGGUUGUCGCCGAAGGAGUACUGGUUUCGCGUAUGCAUGCGCCAAAAAAGAUUGUGACUUUCGUCUAGACGUCACGUGCGCUUCCCUUCCAGAUUCUAUAAACCAUGAGAGUCAUGAUCACACACUAUACAUCAAUUUGACCUACGGAGAAUGCGUGGGAUGCAAGUCUACUUUAUGUUCUGACCAUUACCUAGAAUGUAUGAGAUGCAAGUCCUUUUUGGGUCUUCAUUGCGCUACUUUGCCAAGUUUGGCACACUACGAGCACGACACCCACCCACUCACUCUUUGUUAUGGCGAACAAGGUACAACAAGUGGUCAAUAUUGGUGUGAGCUAUGCGAAUUAAAACUAGACGCAAGUGAAUGGUUCUAUACAUGUGAUUCUUGUAGAGUCACUCUUCAUGUUACUUGUUUGUUGGGGAAAGAUAUGUACAUGAAUCCUCGACAUAUCAUCGAAGCACGACCUAGAGAUGUUGAAAUUACUCUCAAUGAUGGUAACACUCGACCAUUUUGCUAUCGAUGCUCUAGACGUUGCGUAGAACCCGUGGUGUACAAGUGGGAUCAUGAAUGGUUUUGUACUUUGCUAUGUGCCGGCGGUAUAAGAAGAGGAAUAUUUCAAAGAUAA